CAGCGUCCCUGGAGCGGGCCGUGUACGGGCGCCCCACACGGGCUGCGUCGCGCCAUGAAGUUUCGGGCUAAGCUCGUGGAUGCGGCCUGUCUGAACAACUUCACGCGAGUCAGUAACAUGAUAGCCAAGCUUGCCAAAACCUGCACUCUGCAUAUCAGCCCGGAGAAGUGGAACAUCGUCCUCUCUGAUAAGGUGGCCAGUGGAGGGGUAAGCAUGUGGUGUGAGCUGGAGCAGGAGAACUUCUUCAGCGAAUUUCAAAUGGAAGGUGUCUCCGCAGAAAACAAUGCGAUUUAUUUAGAGCUAACAUCGGAAAAUUUAUCUCGAGCCUUGAAAACUGCCCAGAAUGCCCGAACCUUGAAAAUCAAGCUGACUAAUAAACAUUUUCCCUGUCUCACAGUUUCUAUAGAGCUGAUAUGCUCUGGAGCACUGCUCAUCUGCAACAACCUGUUUGCUGGCCAGGCCUGA